CGAGAGUGCGAGCGCGGGCAAAACGAGCCGCACGCUUUGCUUUCCAAGGAGAGCAGCCGAGGCACGAAUGCCCUCGCCCCACAGGGGACUUCAGCCCCUUAGCAAGAACAGCAGCGUGUCCCUCAGCACUCCAGAAACGUCCCCUUUCCACUGACCCCCACUCCCCUGCGCAGUCCCAGGAAAGAGCCCUGUUUUCUCGCCCGCUGUCCCUCCACACGCGCGCGCACAACUCAGCGCGCCUCCCUGCCCGCCUCAUGCGUGGCACUCGCGAAGUUUGGCGCUCUUGCCUGGUCCCCCACCCCCCACGCCGUCCUUCCUUCCUUCCCUCCCUCCUUGCCUGCCUCCCUCCCUCCGCGCUAGUUACUGUUGCCGCGCUUCUGCUGCCGCUGCUGCCAGCGACAGGACAAAGGCACAUUAACACGUGAUGGCAACUGAGCUUCAUAAAUGGGACCAGGAGGGAAAGAAGGGGUGUGCGGCGAGGCAAGCUGUUGAGGAGGGGAGACGUCGGGCAACAAGCCGCAGCAGCCGAGGAGGAGGAAGAGGAGGACGGGGCUUCGGGGAGGGCGCUGGGCACAGUUCCUUUUCCUCUCAGAGCUCCAGGAGCAGCGCAGAAGAGAAGCACAUGGCGAGCGGCGCGGAAGACCGAGGCCGGCGCCAGACCUGAGGGGCCGAGAGGAACGCGGAGCUGCUCCCCUCUCCUCUCCCUUUCCUCCUACCUUCGCGCCGCCUUCUCUUCCCCCACCCCUCCCCGUCCAGCCCUCCGCUCCCCUCCCCUCAGUCAGUGCCGCCGGGCGGUAAAGCUCGCCCCGCUCGCUGCCCGCCGAGGGUCAGCCUUGGAGCAGCAGCGCGCCUCCACCGCGAAGGGAGCGCGAGGCGCGAAGACCCAGCGCGCGCUCUCCGGACCACCCCUGCCGCGCCGCCUCCCCUCAGCCGAGGGAGCUGCGAGAGACGGGGCCAUGUGAACGUGGGGAAAGGAUUGCUGCCUUUUCCUGUCUUUCCCCCCCACAAGCCUGCAUAACUGACACCUGGGGUUAUGAAGUCAGUCCUAGAUGGCCUCGCAGAUACGACCUUCAGAACAAUUACGACAGAUCUUCUAUACAUGGGUUCCAGCGAUAUCCAGUACGAAGAUUUCAAAAGUGACAUGGCUUCCAAGUUAGGAUACUACCCACAGAAAUUCCCUCUGUCUUCUUUCCGAGGUGAUUUCCGACCAAAAAUGACUGCAGGAGAAGAUGCCAUCCUGGGUGGGCACCCACAGGAUCAGAUCAACCUUACAGAUUUUUACAACAAGACCUUGACCACCUUCAAGGAUAAUGAGGAGAAUAUACAAUGUGGGGAUAACUUCAUGGAUAUGGAGUGCUUUAUGAUUCUGAACCCUAGCCAGCAGCUGGCCAUUGCAGUACUGUCCCUUACUCUGGGCACCUUCACUGUUCUGGAAAACCUUCUGGUCUUGAUUGUCAUCCUGCAGUCCCGAAGCCUUCGCUGCAGGCCUUCCUACCAUUUCAUCAGCAGCCUGGCUGUAGCUGAUCUCCUGGGCAGUGUAAUCUUUGUCUACAGUUUUGUUGACUUCCAUGUUUUCCAUCGGAAAGACAGCCCUAACGUGUUCCUGUUCAAACUGGGUGGAGUUACAGCCUCGUUCACUGCCUCGGUGGGCAGCCUUUUCCUCACCGCAAUAGACAGGUAUAUAUCUAUACACAGGCCCUUAUCUUAUAAGAGGAUUGUCACCAGAUCGAAGGCUGUUGUAGCAUUCUGCGUGAUGUGGACCAUAGCUAUUGUAAUAGCUGUCCUUCCUCUGCUGGGCUGGAACUGCAAAAUGCUCAAUUCUGUUUGUUCAGAUAUAUUUCCUCUAAUAGACGAGAACUAUCUGUUGUUCUGGAUUGGGGUCACCGCUGUACUCUUGCUUUUUAUUGUGUAUGCCUAUAUGUACAUACUGUGGAAGGCUCAUAGUCAUGCUGUUAGGAUGCUCCAGCGCGGCACUCAGAAGAGCAUAAUAAUACAUACUUCAGAGGAUGGUAAAGUGCAUCAGAUUACUAGGCCGGAACAAACACGUAUGGACAUUAGGUUGGCCAAAACCUUGGUCCUCAUUCUUGUGGUUUUGAUCAUCUGCUGGGGUCCUCUGCUUGCAAUUAUGCUCUAUGAUGUCUUUGGGAAGAUGAACAAGCUCGUGAAGACUAUCUUUGCCUUCUGCAGCAUGCUCUGCCUGCUGAACUCCACCGUGAAUCCCAUCAUCUAUGCUCUCAGGAGCCAGGACCUGAGACAUGCUUUCAGGAGCAUGUUUCCACCUUGCAAUGGGACUGCACAGCCUCUUGAUAACAGCUUGGAGUCUGACUGCCAGCACAGACAUGCUAACAACCCAGGUAAUGUCCACAAGGCUGCUGAAAGGUGUAUUAAAAACACAGUUAAGAUUGCCAAAGUGACCAUGUCUGUCUCCUCAGACACAACUGCAGAGGCGCUGUAAAACAAAGACCUCUCGACACCGUAAGAGAACAGAUUAAGAGAAAGCAAGAGAAAUUCAUGGCUUCUUUCCUCCAGUGUAACCAUUUUUUUAAGUUUAUCAUUUCUAAGUGACUGUUUUUAUGAGUCUUGAGCAGUGGCCCCCUCUUCUGAGUUCUACAAAUAAGAAGUCAACUGAAGUUUUUAAAAACAGAUUUUUUUCCAUUGGCAAAAUGCUAAUUUACUAAUAAUGGCUAUUAUAGUAUACAAAAAUAUAUAUAUCACAUUAAUCAGUGAGCAAGAUAUACACACUUUAGGAAGCUUAUUGAAAACUGAAACAUACAACAGUUUAAUUAGAACAAAAAAGUAAAUUUUGUAAUCAUAGGUUUUUGUUUUUUUCUAGUGUGAACUAUGUUAAUUGUCUAUAAGUAGGUUUUCAUCCUCCCCCACCCCCAAAGCGGCAGUACUGGAUUGUAAGAAAUUUUGUACCACGUCUUGUGAGAUGUAUGAUGUUUUACUGUAUGUUACUGAUAUUUGUCUAACCAAAGUGAUUAGGUAGACUUGUGUGGAUGUAAUGUAAAGUAUGUGGUGAUGUAACCCCUCCCCACCCCCCCACUCCCCACCAUGAAAAUACUUCCUGUAUUUUGAAGAAUUCCUAUAAGGUAUUUUGAAAUUUUUACAUUCUUAGUGGUUUUUAGUGAACUUAAAAGGAAAGGCUUUGCAUUUCUUCUGCUCACAUUUGAAAUCCCUAUUAAGUUUUUUAAAACAAACAAACAUGUAAAUAUGGAAAUAACAGAAACAAAGGAACAUAGAAUACUUUUGGGAAAAAGGAAAAAUACACUGGCUCAGACUGAAAAAGAUGUGUGUGUGUCUCUCCCCUCCCCUCAAAAAAAUGCCAUCUUUUGUCUAUAAGACUGUUGGCUUUUUAUUGGAAAUUGUAUGAAUGCCAACAUGACCCAAAAGAAAGUUAUUAGGCAGUGAUGUCUUUAAUAGGCAACUGCUUUUUCAUUGGUCUGUUGCUGGCAUUGGAUUUGCGAAAACAACAUGUGUUUGGUUCCAUGUACAAAGUUCAAUCACUGUGACGUAUACUUGAAAAUGUGUUUCAUUCCUAUGUCCCAGGUUUAAAUAGAUUUCAAACCUGAAAUGCCAAAACAUCAGUCUUCAGUAACAAGAGGAUAAAGUGUUAGUAUUAGAUUUAAAAAAUGAAUGUGUAUAUAUAAUUAUUUAAUAUCUAUGUAGCUGUGUGUGUCGUGUACGUAUUCUAAAUAACCGUGGUUACAUUAAUAUUACUAAGAUAAGAAACUGUGACCAAAUGUUUUCUCUGUACUCCUUACUGCAUUCUUUGCACAUGAAUUCUGUUUCUAAAAGUGAGUUCUUCCAACCAAUCAGCAAUGAGCUUGCAGGAUCUAUUGAGCACACUUGUAAAAUCAUACUGAAAACAACAACCCAAUAUGAUAACUGAAGAGAAGUAUUUUAAUAUAUGUAGCUGGCAGCCUGAUUAAGAUGGCAGAAAUACUGUAGCGCUUAAAAACUCGACUGGCUUAAUGUGAAUUCGGCCACAAUAAUGAGAGGAAUGAUUGGAGGAAGCCGAGUGUCUCUGUGAACAAAUGCAAGGAAAUUUAAAACAGUCAUCCACUCGUGUCAGAAUCAAGCCCCCACUGCAACAAAAUUAAGAACCCUCUCAAAUUGGAUGCUCCACAUUUGUAGCUUCUUCUUCUUUUGCCAGAACUAAGAAUGCAGGAGACAAAAAUUGAAAUGCCAACCAUCUGAAAGGUAGCAACCUUAAAUCACAUUUAUAGUAAGAUAGUUGGCCUCCUGUUGCUAAAAGAAGGUUACUCUGAUCCAGCAAAGGCAGCUCAAACAAAGAAGCAGACUGCUAUAUUAAGAUCCCUCUUUUUGAUCAGGUCCUACGUGUAUGGGGACGGACGGACUAAACGUGGGCAGUUUUCUUUUUUAGAUCCUUGCAACUUGCACCAAGGAUUGUGUGUGGGGUUCCAGUUGCUGGGCUGCAACUCGUAGCUUGCGUUCCAAGCACCAGAUGGACAGCAUUGUGUGAAUCUAGCGCUGUCACACAUCUGCGUGAAGGCAGAUCACGAAGAGCUGUGGGGGCCAGUCAACAGUAGAUAAAAUGGACACUGAAAGAAUUAAAAACUGGGAACAGGCAAACUUAAUGCCAUCGUCUAGCAGAAUGUAAAGUGAAACUAAAGCACUAGCUAGAAUGUAGCCUGCCGAGAACUAAAGAUCCUGAGUAACAUGAGUUUGGAAGCUGACUAGGGCAAAUCGUUUGCUUUUAGAAUCCAUACGAGUUGAUCCUUUGAUGCUCAAGAGAGGAAAGGCAACCCUAUUCAGGGUUGGGAGCUGAGCAAUUUAUCAAAGAGCAGUUCUGAUAUGAAAAACUUCUCCAUCUCCAGUCCUCUUCCUCCCUGCUCCACAUCUGAAGAGUUUUACUAGAAUACGGCUCCUUUCGGAAGGAGAGUAUAUGGGGAAAGCCUGCCUAUACUAGAUCUCAGUAUGAUUUUGAUGUAAGAUGGAGAAGGAGGUGCCAGAACAAGUUUCAGGAGCAUCUAGCAAUGAAAGCAAGGAAACACCUCCUCACUCACAACUUGGGAGUUCUUUAGUAACAUUGUACAGUAGGGAAUUCCUAGCCUGCGGUGGCUCAGUGAUUCUUGGAAGCCCCAAUCUAUCAGAAAGAAGGAAGCACGGGACUAUAGAACAGGGGGAGAGAUACGAGUUUGUGGCAUGCUGCUUUUAAGUUCUGUGACUAAAGGGGAUCUAGCAAAGAAGAGAGCUAUCAUUCCUGGGUGAAGUGCUUGACAUUUUACCACUGCUCACACUAGUUCUUUUCCAGAAAUGGAAGUGUCAUAAAAAGUGUUACACCAGAAAUGGCUCUGCCACCUCUAUGGAGUGGGCAACCUUUUUCAUCUGAAGUGCCACAGUCCUUUCUGGACAAUCUAGGGGCCACAGCAGUGGAGGUUUUAACAUGUUCAUUGGUUCAGCAUUGUAAGUUAGGUGGUCACCUACAGAACGAAUUCUAUUUGAUUUGAUGUUUGUAUUCUUAUCCAGCAACAGUGUUGAGCUCAAAACAGCUCACAAUAAUCGCAGUAGCAUUAAAAAGCAACAGGCAUUGCAAUCAUUAUAAUAUCAAACAGAGUAGCAAACCAGAAUUAACAAAUUCAUCAAAACAGUCAAUGCAAUUCAAUGGAGGCAUGGUAAUUCAAAAUAUUGGAAAGAGCUUCUGGGCCUUGUGCAAUAAAACAAUUCCAUCCAGGGGAACAGCUUGCCAAAACUACCAGGCAUGUUGCUAAAAGGCAAGAUGAUGAUAAAGAUAAAAAUGCAAACCUUAUUUGUUCAUAACUAUGUCAAAAUACUGUACAAAAUGUUGGACUUGGUGUAGAACAGAUCUGUUCUAUUCUACGCAUGUUCCUGAGAGGUGUAGCUUGGCAAUCGAAAGGGACUGGAUUAUUUCUGGUUUGCUUCAAGACAUGCACAAGAGGGAUAUGCCAUGACUUCUGCCAAGAGGGCAGCUGUGCAUUUGUUACUUAUUUCAUUUGCAGACCUGCCCCCUCCACUGAAGCAAAUUCGCAAGUCCUUGCAAGCAAGCAUCCUCCAUAUGUGCAUUGAAACUUCCCACACACACACUUGAAAUAGCACACUUGAUCAGGGUGUGUAACUUUCAGUAGCGGUGGAAAACUUUUAUCGUCCUCUAUUUAAAAAAACAGGAAAGGAAAGGAAAAGAAAAGAUAAUUCUGGUAACUACUUGGGUACCUCCAGAUGAUGUUUACUGACUAUUCUGAGCUCAGUGCAGGCCACCAUGGAUGCAGCACAUGAUCAGAGGUUUCUCUGGGGCAUAAGCCUCAUUUCCCCCUCCCCUGCAGCAUGUACAUUCAAGCAGUCCCAUGUGGCAGGCCUUUCUGUGGAAUUGGAGACUUGUGCUAUCUUUCCAUAUCCCUAUACAGCACCUUGUCUUUCUGAUUUCUGAUUGUCUUUCUGAAUGUGAGGGCCCUCCCCCGUAAUAGCAUAGCCCAUUCAAUUGCUUGUGUGUACAUACUGAAGGGGGAGAGAAAAUAGACUCCUGUGCUGUAGGAAUUCUUCUGUGUGCAGGUGCUGGGUCUAUGGUGGGCUGUAGUUUGAAACUACUUUCUUCCUUUGACAAUACAUCUUCAAUCUGAAACAGUUUGGGAGGAAAGAAAACCCAGAGGAGGGGGGGGGAAGAUAACUUUAAGAGCCAUUUUUGAAACUAUUCUUGUGGUUUUAAUGCACACUGUAUGGGUUUCUGUUUAUGUACAAGAUCUUAACUUCUAUGUAAUUAAAAAAA